UUGCAGUGUAAAUAUAAUAUUUAGAUUUAGUUAGUUUUCCAGCAGUACGCAGGUCAGACGCAGACGGUACGCAGUCAGCUUUACGUUUGCUACUAGGCAGUAUGGCUGACGAUAAUUCAGUCAAAGCUUCGAAGCCUAAGAAAAGUAAAGGCGACAAAAGUCGGAAGGAGUCGGAAAUAGCGCAAGAUGAAAUUAAGAAAUUCAAGGAGAAUCUACUUCAGUCCGCUACAACAGGAGAUACAAUUAUGUCUGAAAAGAACAUCGAACCCGAAGAAUCCCGACGAUAUUCGAUGUGUAGAGCGCGCCAGUCAAUAUGUGUUCCUGACAACGUCUUGGCUGAACUCGAUGAAAAUAAAAUUUUUGAACUGAAAGAGGCAUUUCUCCUGUUCGAUCUGAAUGGUGAUGGAUAUAUUGACCACAACGAUUUAUGCGGAACCCUUAUUAGUCUUGGAGAGCGAGUUGACGAACAAGCCGUUAGAAACAUGCUCGCUGAGGCAUCAAGCCCACUGGAUUUCGACUCCUUUGUCAACCUCCUCGGUUAUAAGACCUUGGAACUCGACUCUGAAGAAACCCUCAUUGCAGCGCUUUCUCGGUGGGACAGUGAGAAUACUGGCUACAUAUCUGAAGACAGAAUUCGUCACGAUUUAAUGACAUGGGGCGAUCGUUUCACUGAAAAGGAAGCUGACUAUGCUUUAGACGGGGCACCGACUAUUCAAAAGGACGGAUACACUUUCAUAGAUUACAAGCAAUUCUGCACCAAGCUCAGCGGACUCAGGAAGCCUAACAAACAUGCUUUAGAAGUUUGAGAGAGUAUUCGGAAUAUGGGCUCGGAAAUACGCAUUACUUUAAUGUUGUUUGCUUUUCACGUUUAUUCUAAACAUUUUGGAAAAAAUUGUGAUUGAAUAAACUUUUUGUAUUUUAA